GUUAUCAUGUGACCGUGUUUACAUUCCUUCUUUUGUUCUUAUAACGACGGUUAUCUUUUGAAGGACUAUGGACGACUGAUUGCCGAUUAUAAAGUAUGGCGAGUAAUUGGACUGUGUGUGGCGUCUGUGACUUCCGGAACAUACAAAAAUCAUCAGUAGUGUGGUGUUCAGAAUGUGACGAGGGACUUUGUGACGAGUGUAAAGAACAUCAUGGUGCCGUAAAAUCAUCUCGAAACCACAACGUUAUCCCUGUCACUGAGUACCAGAAACUACCGUUGAAUGUACUAAAAAUCACACAAACAUGCCAAAAACACAAAGAGCAAUAUCAAACUUUCUGUAAAAAACAUGAUUGCCCAUGCUGUAGAAGAUGUGUUAUAGAGACACAUAAUGAGUGUAAAGAUUUAACAGCAAUAGACGACAUGGUUCAUAAUAUUAAAUCAUCAAAUGCAUUUCUUGAGAUACAAACACAGCUGUCGGAAAUGUUGGAAAACAUACAAACACUCCGAAAUGACCGUAGAAAAAAUUUAAAAUGCCUUCAGGAACAAAGAGAUAAGAUUGCACUUGAUAUCAAGCAAACCCGUAAAAUGUUAAAUGACUAUUUAGAUGAAAUACAAGACAAUUUGAUUGAGGAACUAUAUAAUACUGAAGAAAAUGAAAGUAAAAAAAUAAACCAGUUGUUGUCUACAAUUGAGAAGAACGAACGGCAGAUUACUGAUUUAAAAGUUAAUUUUACUAACAUACAACAACAUGCAUCAGACAUUCAGGCAUUUUUAGCAUUGAAGCACAUUGGAAAAGAGGUGUCUGACAAAGAAGAAUUUAUUCUGUCUGUUCUCAAAAGCGAGGAGAUGGAGAUAAAAACCCUUUAUUCAGUGGCUGAUAAAGAAAUACAGAAUAUUGGGAAAUAUCUUGGUUCUGUUGGUUUUGAAUCAAAUCCCAGCAGUGUUGUCAUUACAGGAAAUAAAAGCCAACAAGCUCAGAUGACCGUACCCAUUGCAAUAUCCAAAUGCAUUGAUACUAUAGAACUCAGAAACAAGAGAGAAAUGAAUAUGGCUAGUGGAAUUAUAAGAGGUUGUGCAAUAAUUCCAAAUGGAAAGAUGAUGUUUAGCUAUCAGGACCAUAAAAAAGUUACUGCAUUUAAUAGCAACGGUACGUACAUUUUUGAAGUCACAAUGGAUACAUCCGCAUGUGAUAUUGCGUAUAUUGAAGCAGAAAAUAUCAUUGCUGUGACAAGUGGUUACAGUAAAAUGUCUAUAAACAUGAUAAACAUCAUUGACCUAAACAGUAGAAAGAUGAAAAGAUCUAUUCGAGUAAGCUCCUGUCCUUAUGGAAUAGCAGUACGAAACGAUACCCUUGUUUUCUGUGAAGAAGGUAAAGGGAUACAAGAAAUACAAUUAAAGAAUGAUUCCAAAAAGACACUUGUUAGUCAUUGUUUACCAAUUUUUUCGUAUAUUGCAGUGAAUGGGGACAGACUUUAUUUUACAAAUAAAGACGAGAACUCUCUAACAUGCUGCGACAUUCGUGGUAAUUUAGAAUGGAAGUUAAAAGAUAUUCAAGAUCUAAAAUAUCCACAAGGUAUAUCAAUAGACAGUAACGGUAACCUGUAUGUGGCUUGUGUGAAAUCGCACAGCGUUGUCCUUAUCAGUAACGAUGGAAAACGUUAUAGAACUAUUCUGACGGCUAUUGAUGGCCUGUCGAGUCCACGUGCAUUGCAUAUCGAACGAAAAAGUAACUCGCUACUAGUUGCAAACGAGAGGAAGUAUGCAUUUCUUUAUGAUAUUGAAUGAACUGAAAGCUAUGCUAUAUAUAGUUUAAUUCUGAAUUCGUCAAAUAUGUCAGAAACUUAUGUAUAUAAGUAACAUCAGUGAAACCAACUAAAAGUUCUUUGUUUUACGAAGAAAUCAUUUAUUGAAAAGUUCUCCAUUUAAUAGAAUAGUCCACUAACAAUUUAUUAUUUACUGUAAGCAAACUUCUUUUGCGGAUACUUUAUUUCCAUUUCUUGUCGAACUGACUUCGUGAAUUUAUUUAUAAAUAGCAAAGGUAAAUCAAAAUAAAGGAUAUGAUGCAUUA